CAGAGCGCACGGUUACAAUGAGCUUCUCCACCGGUCCGACUGAGAGCCAGCGUCAGUACCGACCUCCGAGCAGCAGACACACCGCCACAGACCGACACCAGCUCCGCCCGCCCGCAGCAGGAUGCCCGGGGGAAAGAGAGGGCUUGUGGCACCGCAGAACACUUUUCUGGAGAACAUCGUCCGCCGAUCAAGUGAAACCAGCUUCCUCCUGGGAAACGCCCAGAUCGUGGAGUGGCCUGUAGUUUACAGCAAUGACGGAUUCUGCAAGCUGUCUGGCUUCCACAGGGCUGAGGUCAUGCAGAAGAGCAGCACGUGCAGCUUUAUGUACGGAGAGCUGACGGACAAGAAGAGCAUCGACAAAGUCCGACAGACGUUCGACAACUAUGAGUCCAACUGCUUUGAGAUCCUGCUGUACAGAAAGAACAGAAGUCCAGUGUGGUUCUACAUGCAAGUGGCUCCCAUCAGGAACGAGAACGACAAGGUGGUUCUGUUCCUCUGCACCUUUAAGGACAUCACUCUCUUCAAGCAGCCUAUUGAAGACGAAACCACCAAAGGAUGGACCAAGUUUGCGCGGCUGACACGGGCGCUCACCAACAACCGCAACACGCUGCCGAAGCUGGAUCCCAUAGACAAACACGAAGUCAGCCAUAAACCGUCCCGACUGGUGGAGGUUCUGCAGCUGAACUCAGACAUCCUUCCGCAGUACAAGCAGGAAGCCCCCAAGACGCCCCCCCACAUCAUCCUCCACUACUGCACCUUCAAGACCACCUGGGACUGGGUCAUCCUCAUCCUCACCUUCUACACGGCCAUCAUGGUUCCCUACAACGUCUCCUUCAAGACCAGGCAGAACAACAUCGUGUGGCUGGUGCUGGACAGCGUGGUGGACGUCAUCUUCCUGGUGGACAUCGUCCUCAACUUCCACACCACCUUCGUGGGGCCUGGAGGCGAGGUCAUCUCCGACCCCAAGCUCAUCCGCAUGAACUACCUGAAGACCUGGUUCGUCAUCGACCUGCUGUCCUGCCUGCCGUACGACAUCAUCAAUGCCUUCGAGAACGUCGAUGAGGUACGGUUGUGUUUUUGGUUGUUUUUUAAGAUGGUGUUCUCAGCUGUGAUUGGCUGGAAGGAAAGUGUGCAUGGAGGUGAAAAUAUUCAGAGUAUAUUUAUUAGUGGUGUAAAGGACCAUUGUUGAUCCGUAUGAACCCCCCUCGUGGCACACAUGUGAACCGCCAAUUAAUUACACAGUUUAACGUUAACUGUCAGCGUGAAAUAAAGCUUUUGUCGUUUUCUGCGAAUGUUCAGUAAAAUAUGAGAUCAGGACAUUGGCAUUUUAGAGCUAGUAACGUGAGCAACAUCACUAACGGCCAACGUACAAAGGUUCUGUUAGAUUAUGAUGCGUUCAGGCUCUGUUCAGGGAAAAUGAGUAUUUGUCGAAGGUAAAUCUAAAUUAAAAGUAGGUUUUCUGAUUGAAUCUUGGGGAAUAAAUAGGUCGUGACAUUGCCGAAGCAUGUUAUAGAUAUAAAGUGGUGAUUUUUGUGAGUAGUCUUUAAGAGGUGAUGAUGAAUCCGGUUUAUGCCGGUUGCUGAUUGGUCCAGAGUCUCGGUGGAUGUUUACGCCUGGUAUUAACAUGUGAUUUGUAUCGGGGGAAAAACUCAUCUACUGCAGGUGUAAACGCAUGCAGAGUGCGAUCAGAUUGGCCAGACCUCAUCUUGGAGGCGGUCUCGCUUUCACUGUUAUCUGAUCUCACAGCGGUGUAAAUACCAUCUGCAGAGUUUGGCCACAUUUUUUUUUAAAGAAAGAAAAUCCACCCAGAAAGGUUGCCCAAAUUGGGAGAACAAGAAUGCUCAUUAAUAAUAACGUGUGGAUGCUAAAGCCUGCGAUCAGAUGUUGUUAUUCAGAUAAGAUAUCCAGAUAACAGAUGUUGGUGUAACUGGGGUCUUGAGACCAGAACGAGGUUUGUUUCUGACCGUUUCGAAAGGAAAGUU